AUGAACCUCAUGAGGGACCACGAUCACGCCGAAGUUGACCAUUCCGAGAAGGCCGGAGCUGAAGAAGAACAUCAUGAAGUUUCAGUUCAGCCAGCAGAAAGCUCUGUGCUGAACACUCGUUCUGCUGAACCCCAUGAGGACCACGACCACGCCGAAGUGGACCAUUCCGAGAAGGCCGGAGCUGAAGAAGAACAUCAUGAAGUUUCAGUUCAGCCAGCAGAAAGCUCUGUGCUGAACACAGGUUCUGAUGAACCUGACGAGGACCACGACCACGCCGAAGUUGAACAUUCCGAGAAGGCCGAAGCUGAGAAAGAACAUCACGAAGUUUCGGCUGAGCCAGCAGAAAGCUCCUUGCCGAACACUGGCUCUGAUGAACCUCACGAGGACCGCGACCACGCCGAAGUUGAACAUUCCGAGAAGGUCGAAGCUGAAAAAGAACAUCACGAAGUUUCGGCUCAGCCAGCAGAAAGCUCCGUGCUGAACACUGGCUCAGAUGAACCUCAUGCGGACCAUGGACACGCCGAGAAUGAUCAUUCCGAGAAGGCCGGAGCUGAAGAACAACAUCAUGAAGUUUCGGUUCAGCCAGCAGAAAGCUCCGUGCUGAACACUGGCUCUGAUGAACCUCAUGAGGACCACGAUCACGCCGAAGUUGACCAUUCCGAGAAGGCCGGAGCUGAAGAAGAACAUCACGAAGUUUCGGCUCAGCCAGCAGAAAGCUCUGUGCUGAACACAGGUUCUGAUGAACCUCAUGCGGACCAUGAACACGCCGAAAAUGUUCAUUCCGAGAAGGCCGGAGCUGAAAAAGAACAUCACGAAGUUUCGGCUCAGCCAGCAGAAAGCUCCGUGCUGAACACUGGCUCUGAUGAACCUCAUGAGGACCACGAUCAAGCCGAAGUUGACCAUUCCGAGAAGGCCGGAGCUGAAGAAGAACAUCACGAAGUUUCGGCUCAGCCAGCAGAAAGCUCCUUGCCGAACACUAGCUCUGAUGAACCUCACGAGGACCACGACCACGCCGAAGUUCAACAUUCCGAGAAGGCCGAAGCUGAAAAAGAACAACACGAAGUUUCGGCUCAGCCAGCAGAAAGCUCCGUGCUGAACACUGGCUCAGAUGAACCUCAUGCGGACCAUGAACACGCCGAGAAUGAUCAUUCCGAGAAGGCCGGAGCUGAAAAAGAACAUCACGAAGUUUCGGCUCAGCCAGCAGAAAGCUCCUUGCCGAACACUAGCUCUGAUGAACCUCACGAGGACCGCGACCACGCCGAAGUUGAACAUUCCGAGAAGGUCGAAGCUGAAAAAGAACAUCGCGAAGUUUCGGCUCAGCC